AAUAUAGUCGAACUGCCUGUCAAAAAUAUGAAAUUCCCAGAUUAUAUUCAAAAUUAUCAAUAUAGUUUAAAGGAAAAAAAACUGACCCGGAAAGAUUUCACAAACAAGAAAAUUACAUUCGUUCCGAAGAGUAGCGCGAGAUAGUUUCGCAAGUCGUCGCCAAAGCGCUGGGAUCGCUCCAAAGACCGCUUACCGCGUCCUUUCAAACACGACAGCAAUAGUAAGAGUAGAGCAGUGCUUGCCGUGGACGUGCGCGCGACAUGCGCUAGUGAUAGUGAUACAGAUUAGUGACAGUGAUACCAGUUGGUGAUAGUGAUGAUGAACGGACAAUGCUUAGCCGCCGAAAAGACGAACAAGGAUCUCGUCAACCCAUUCGUACACCACCUGGAACUGACUACCACCUAUGAGAAAAUUAAAGCUGGUAUCCUGACAGUGGUGGUGCUGCCAGUCCGGCUGCUGGUGAUCGUCUGCCUUUUGGUGCUUGCCUGGCUGCUGGCAUGUGUCGGCUUGAUGGGACUGUCCGAGGCGGAUCUUCAAGAGCGACCUCUCACACCAUGGCGACGGACUGUUCGUGGGGUGUCGGGGGUGGUUCUCCGCUGUAUGAUGUUCUUCUGGGGAUUCCACUGGGUGCAUGUGACCGGCAGGAAGGCCUCGAGAUAUUGUGCUCCUCUCAUCGCUGUCGCGCCGCACUCCUCAUUCUUCGACAUCCUGGCUGUCCUCAUCAUAGGCGACUGCAGUGUUGUCACUCGCACUGAGAACCUUGACGUUCCUAUUGUUGGAAAACUGAUCAACUUCACGCAGCCCGUAUAUGUGUGGAGGGAUGACCCCAACUCUCGCCAGCGAACCAUCAAACAGAUUAUUGACCGAGCAACCUCCAGUCUUGACUGGUCCCAGGUGUUGAUAUUUCCGGAAGGCACAUGCACCAACCGGUCGUGUCUGAUCACGUUCAAGCCGGGAGCGUUCUAUCCAGGGGUGCCAGUCCAGCCUGUCAUUCUGCGCUACCCCAACAAGCUGGACACUGUUACCUGGACAUGGGAGGGCCCAGGAGUGCUGAAACUUAUGUGGCUGACACUAGUCCAGCCACAUAGUAACUGCGAGAUCGAGUUCCUGCCGGUGUACAGACCAAGUGAGGCAGAGCGCCGAGACCCCAAGCUUUACGCAGAGAAUGUACGGCAGCUCAUGGCACGUGCUCUCGGCGUGCCUACCCUGGACUACACGUAUGAUGACUGUCAGCUCGUAGCCAAGAGCAACCUGCUCCACAUCCCACGAUCUUGCCCAGCCCUCAACAUCUACAAACUGAGGAUCAGGCUCGGGUUAGUUCGCAAUCAGAGGGAAGAGAAGCUGGUAAGGGAACAGCCCGAGCUUCUGUGUUCAAAAGCUGAAGUGGGAGUGACCUGUGAACAGUUGGCAGCCCUGCUGGGAGUCCCGACAGACUCCACACUGCAGGAGCUGUUCUCCCUGCUGCAGCCUGAUUGUAGUGGGCGAGUGGAUCUGGGCUGCUACCUCACUUCUGUGCUGAUGGUUGACCGGACCCACAGUGGUGCCCAUAUGUGGGAGACAGCAUUCCAUCUGUGGGGAGACCGAGGGAGACUAAGUCCCCAACAGUUGGCUGCAUUGUUACGCCUCACCCAACAGCUGCCCACUGAGAGAAGUAUAGAUGUGCCGACCGAUCAAGAUGGAGUUAUAUCUUACAGUAAUUUUGAAUCCUUCAUGAAGAUGAGGCCAGAAAUGGAGUGGGGUAACAACAACAACGCAAGACCUAAGGUCGACUGAUUGCCCUCUCAUCCACCUCAUAUUGUGAUAAGGCUGUGUCCACUAUUCUGUACAUACCACCACUUUAAUGUUGUUAAGAUAUGACUUUAUGAUUAAGUCAUUCAUAAUAUAGUUGUUUUAUUUUA